AUGGAUGACCUUAAACUGUACGCUGCAAGCCUGGAACAACUUAAAAGGCAACUAGAAAUAGUGGCAGCGUUCAGUGACUCUAUAAACAUGCGGAUGGGGAUAAAUAAAUGCGCUACCCUGGAAGUUAAGAGGGGGAAAAUGCAAGACACAGGACAACAAACAACUCUUUUAAAUAAUGUCACGAUACCAACUCUAACGGACAAACAAACUUACAGAUAUCUCGGAGUGCAACAAGCGUUGGAAAUAAAAACAUCUGAAAUGAAGGAUCUCUACAGGGAAAUACUCCACUCAAGACUGAACCUGCUACUUAAAUCAAAGUUGAGUUCGAAAUCUCUGUUUAAUGCCAUAAAUAUCUGGGCAAUCCCUAGCAUAACCUUUUCAUUUGGUAUACUGACCUGGUCGACGACUGAGCUCCGCGAAAUAGAUCGAAACAUCAGAACAACGCUCACUAAGUUUGGUAUCCAUCACCCCCACUCUUCAAAGAUCCGACUCUACCUGUCACGACGGCAAGGAGGCAGGGGCCUUCUUAACCUGGAAGACACGCAUGGGAAACAUAUAGAGAACUUAAGAACUUAUUUCUAUAAAAAUAACUCACCUCUCUUUCAAGCGAUUCGCAUGGCCGAUGACAAUCUUUCAGCACUAAAACUGUCAUCUCGAGACUACCAUCCGACGCAGCGAACUGAUGAAGAACUAAAACAUGAAUGGCGGUCCAUGGCUCUUCACGGCAGAUACCCUGGUCACCUGGAAAAAGAAGAAAUUAAUAAGACCGAAUCGCUAAGAUACUUACGUGCAGGGUAUUUGUUUCCUGAAACAGAGGGAAGAUUGAUGGCGAUACAGGACCAGGUGAUGCCCACGAGGAUGUACUUGAGACAUAUUGCGAAACAGGACAUCCCUUCGGAUCGCUGUAGGAAGUGUUCCCAAGCCCCUGAAUCAAUCCAGCACAUAACAUCUUCGUGUACAAUUAUGGCUCCGAGGGACUACCUGGACAGGCAUAAUGCAAUGGCCAAGAUAUACCAUCAGCAAAUGGCCCUUAAGCUCGGAUUACUUCAGCACGAGAUCGAACAGCAUUUGUAUUGUCCUCAGACAUUGCUGCAGAACGAGCGCUAUAGACUCUACUGGGAUGCCACGAUGUUGACAGACAGGGGAGUUGCUCAUAAUAGGCCGGACAUUACAUUGUUCGAUAAGCAAAGAGAAUCCUGCUUCAUAAUUGACGUCACCAUACCGGCUGAUGAUAACGUCUCUAGAGCCUACGCUGAGAAGUUGAACAAGUAUGGAGAUCUGGCAUUUCAACUUAAGGAGCUCUACAACCUAAAGUCUAUGAGUAUAAUCCCCUUGAUAAUAACUGUGAAUGGGUUGGUGGAGCACCACCUCAUCGAGAACACAGAGCGUUUAAAGCUAGACCUCAAUAUAAUAUCACAAGCACAGAAACAAGUGAUCCUUUAUACAACGCGGAUUGUGAGGAAGUUUCUGCAAGGUCCGUAA